GCAGGGAAAAAAGUACAGGGUGAGAGGAGGAGGGGACUAAAGCUUAGACUGCUUCUGGUUUUGCUUUCAAGCAUUCGCUGCAUGCCAUAUCACCUCCCUGUGCACACAAAACCGGUGUGACACAGACACUUUAAUUCAAACACUCUUGCACACGUUCAGAGAGGACUCAUAUCUACACAUAUAGACACAUAAACAAACAGUCAGAUUUUGUCCAAACUCCCAUACGGACGUCUGGAACUCCAACGGAGAGCACCUGCAGAGAAACAAGGUUGCGAGGCAUUCUUCACACUCCAAGCCAAAACAGACAAACGCCAGUUUCGCCAGAGUUUCAAAGCCGCCAGCACUACUGACUGCACUUGUGGGUUUGUGGGUACGCAUGCGAGAGAAACUCUAAUCUUCUUUUUAGCUGGCCUGAUGUCAAACGAAGACUGUCGUUCCCCCAUUGGCCUGGACUGCUGCAGCUGCUGCUUGGAUCUGGCCAAUGGAAGUGAGCCAGAACCAGGACGAUCUGGACUCCCCAGCCUGGGAAGCCCGACCUCCAUCAAUAACUUCCGACAGCUCCGGGACCAGCUGAUGUUCCAGAACCUGAACACAGACAAGCUGAACACCAUCAUGAGACAGGACUCGCUGGAGUCUGUGGUGCGUGACCCCUGCUACCUGCUCAACGAGGGCAUCUGCAACAGCAACAGCAACAUCGACCAGACCAUGCUGUCAAUUCUACUUUUCUUCCACAGUGCCUCUGGUGCUAGCGUUGUGGCCAUAGACAACAAGAUCGAGCAAGCAAUGGAUCUUGUGAAGAACCACCUAAUGUAUGCAGUCAGGGAGGAAGUGGAAAUCUUGAAAGAGCAGAUCAAGGAGCUGGCUGAAAAGAACAACCAGCUGGAGCGUGAGAACAGCCUGCUGAAGAACUUGGCGAGCCCGGAGCAGCUGGAGAAGUUCCAGUCACGUCUUCCAUCCGAGUCCCUGCUUCCGCUGGAAACACAGGGGAUGGAGAUGUCCGAACAGCGCAGCCAGUACAAAGGAUCGGCUGUAUAAGUGGCUCUGCAUUGGGGCGGGCAGAGUCACGGCUCCCACCUGAAAUGGACCUCACGAGUUGUCGUCGUUGUUGAUGAGCAGCUUCCACAUGAAGCUGGCUGUACAGACGGGGGUUUAAAAAAAAAAAAAAAAAAAGAACCCAAAAAUCCGACCCAAAUGAAAGCCUCCGACGUUCCCAGUGGCCUUUACCUCUUCUGUAAUAUCCGACAAUCUCUUCGGACUUCUGCAGGAAAAGAGAGAGUAAUGUAGGUUACAGUACGACCAGACCACCGGCCGCGUGGAAGUGGAACCCGGCCCAGCUUUUCUCUCGUUGCCGCUGAAGGCGAGAGGGGCUUGUCUGAUGACAGUGCUGGUCCUAAAAAAAAGCACCAAGGGGAUGUUUCCUCAGGGACUUGCUUUCAGAGUCACAAGAGCCCUACAAUAAGUGGAGUUCUCAAUGCUACAAGCUACCUGGGAUUGCACAAGCCUAUUGACUGUGCUUAAGACUCAUAAGCUCACAUUAGUGCCCUCACAUGCACACAUCCACAAGAGCUUAUGUAGUUGAGCUGGACAUUUUGGUCCAUGCUAUUACAUUGGUGAUUUGAUUUGAUUUUUUUUUAAAUCACAUGCUUCAUGAGAAUCUUGUGUUCUUUGCUGAUGGGGCUUGCUGCUUGUAAGGGAUGUUCUGCUUUGUUUUUUCUUUAGAAACUGAACAAAAUCAACUCCUGUAAACUGUUGAUUCUUUUGUGGAGGUAGUGAUGUGUAUAAAAUUUGCUUAGUUCUGUAAAUUAGCACACCAUACAAAGUGAUGAAAUGAUUGAGUGGAGCAGCAUCUGCCUUUGCAUGUUGCAGCUCCUUAAAAAUGCCAAUUUGCUCACUGGCCAGACUUGUUUGUGUGUGUCUGAAGAAGACUACAUGCUCUUGAGCUAACAUUUCUAACUACCAAAGACUUACUUCAUUCAUACUCAUGUCACUCAUGACCGUGUCAUGUGGCGAUUGUAUUUUUUAUUUUUUUUUUUUAUUUUACAUUUUUGAUUUUCUGUCUACUUUGAGAAAACAUGAGUGUUGUUGCUUUUUCUGUGUCCAUUGAACAAUGUUUUUAAUAAUGUAUGGAUACAAAAUGCACAUAGCAAUAAACCUUAUGUUUACACUAAA